AUGAUCGUCUUGCGUCAUAUAAACAUUUCUAGGUUGGUAAUCCUUCGUUCGUGGUUGUUAUCCCAAAGAGCCGAUAGCUGUCAAAAAUCUUAUCUCCCAGUAAAUUAUUGCCUUGGCUUGUUUGAAACGCAAUCUGUGGGAGAUUCGAAGAGGUUCUAUCUGCAAGCCCUUACCAAAUAG